CCCUCUCUCUCGCGCACCUUUCUUCCCCAACUCUCAUCUCUGUCUCUCGCUUUCUCUCACAAAAAGGAAGAAAACAAGAUCCCCAAAUUUUCGUCGCCUCUUCCGAUUCGCUCCAUGCCGCCGGCCAUUGCUCGCCGGGAGGGAACGGUGCUGCUGUCACAGUGCCUGGAAGACGCUGCUAUCGCCGCCGGGAAGAGCUGCUGCUGGCCGCUUCCACGCGGUCGCUCAGCGCCAUCGCCGUCUGCAGUCGCCACGGGUGUGCUCGCUGUUCGAACAGCCCCGAAACGACACCGCGCAGCCCCGAAACCAACCCGAACCACCCCGCAAGAAUGGAGAGUCCAUAUGGUUACAAUAAUGAGCAGCAAGGAGGGUAUUAUGAAGAGUGCUAUAGUCCCGACCAAGGGGGAUUAUACUAUGACCCAGACUAUUUUGAUUAUGCAUACGAUGCACAUGAUUAUUAUGCUAAUGAAAAUUCUGAAACAUGUGCAGGUAUGGAGGACCAACCCCGCUCCAAAUGGGAGGAACUGUUAGAAAUUUGCAUCACCGAGGUUCAGGAAAAUAGGAAGGUGAUCAAUCAGUGGUUGAUCAAUUUGGAAAGAAACACCAGCCUAUUAGAGCAAGGUUUGGAAAGUCUAGCCGCAUAAGUAGGGGAUUUGUAAUAUAAUAUAGGGGUUUUGGCCACUGCAAUAGGGAACAAGCACACUCCAGGGACACUUCCUAGCUUGCCAGAGAUCAAUCCGAAGGGAAAGUGUCAUGCCGUGUAACUUCCCAGCGGGACCACAUACCAGCCCUCACAAGCAACAAAGUUAGACAGGUGAAGGAGAGAAAAAGAGCCGGAAACGACUGACUUCACGCCAGCCGUUGGUCAAACCCAGCGGCCCGCUACAGAUUCUCACAGCGGUCCGCCAGAAGCUCCCCAGCCAGCCGAACCUGAUUCAGACACAGAUGCAGAACCAUCGCCAGCGGCCGCUGCACCACUUCGUAACGGUCCUCCACCGGAACAUCAGUCCCCAGAUCCACAGUUUCCCAGUACUGCCACCAUUCCGUAUCCCCAAUGAUUAAAGAGUAAAAAGUUAGACGUCCAGUUUGCCAAGUUCUUGGAGGUAAUGAGCAAGGUCCACAUCAACAUUCCAUUAGUGGAGGCGCUGCAACAAAUGCCCAACUAUGCCAUGUUUUUGAAAGAUGUGGUUACUAAAAAGAGAAAGUGGGGGAAAUACGAGACAGUGGGCUUAACAUAGAAUUGCAGUGCUCUAAUUCAGAAGGGAUUACCUACCAAACACAAGGAUUCAUGGAGUUUUACUUUAUCUUGUGUUUUGGUUAAUAAUGUAGAAGGAAAUGCAUUGUGUGAUCUUGGAGCAAGUAUCAAUUUAAUGCCUUUAUCUUUUUUACAGGAAGCUCAACAUUGACAACAUCCGUCCCACCUCAAUUACCUUGCAGAUGGCGGACAGAAGUACAACAACACCAAGGGGGAUUGUAGAAGAUGUCUUGGUAAGAGUAGGAGAAUUCAUUUUUCCUGCUGAUUUUGUUGUUUUGGACAUGCAGGAGGACAAGAAGGUGAGACCAUUUUUAGCCACUGGGGGAGCCAUGAUAGAUGUACAGAAGGGAGACCUAACAUUGCAGUUGCAUAAUGAGAAACUCGAGUUCCUUCCCGAAAGAAUCCCUCAAAAGGGGAACGCAUUCUUGCCAUUGCGCAACCCCGAAGAAGAGGAAGAGAGGAAGAAAGCACUGGGGAAACCACGAGGACCACCUAAGGUGGAAUUGAAGCCACUCCCCGAACACCUCAGCUAUUAGCCACUUGUUUGCAAAGAAAGGCGCAAAGCCAAGACUCAUUCCGUGGAUCCUACUACUUCAAGAAUUCGAUGUGGAGAUAAGAGAUAGAAAAGGAUGUGAGAAUGUAGUGGCAGAUCACUUGUCUCGUUUGGAGUACCCGGUGGAGGGAGAAGAUCUAUCAUGAGAAAUCAAUGAGGACUUCCCCGACGAGCAUUUAUUCUUCACCGAAGCCACUUUUUCAUGGUAUGCCGACAUUGUUAAUUAUUUAGCAGUCAAGGUACACCCUCCUGAUCUUACUCCUUAUCAAAGGAAGAAAUUUUAUAGAGAUGUUAGAUCUUAUUUUUGGGACGAGCCCUACUUGUUCAAAAGAUGUGCAGAUGCUAUACUUAGGAGGUGUGUACCGCAAGAAGAUUGGACAACCAUAGUUGAAAGAUGCUACUCAUCGCCAACCGGAGGAUACUUUGGUGUGCAAAGGACUGCCAUCAAAAUCCUACAAAGUGCUUUUUAUUGGCCAACCAUCUACCAUGACUCCGUCAGUUUUGUGCUCCAAUGCAAUGAAUGCCA